GGAGGGGAAGGAUGUGCGCGCGGUCCGCUCGCCCCUGACCACGCCUGCUUUACUUGUGUUGCUUAUAACUAUACAGGGAUACGUAUAUACAUGCGAGUGAGAAAUUACUCAGUGAAGGGUAAGGCAAGGAAAGUGAUGAUAAGAAAGGACCAAUACCACACUGUACUGUACAUAAAGUACCCAUUACUAACUGUAUAUACUAGCAUAAUAAGUGAAGACUAGUGCCCCCGUGAUAGCUAUAGGCUGAAAAUAACACUCCUAACUACCUCAGUUAUACAAGUUCCUGGAGUAAACCAUAAGUAAACAAGUAAUAUUAGAGCUACGCAUCUGGCAUUAGUUGUUACUGUUAUUGUUUGUGACAUGAACACGAUGCAUAGUCUUGUAUGAAGUGCGUCUAAUGCUUGUACCAUAAAAGAGCGCCAUUGAAGAAAGAAAACUAGGCGAGUGUUUUACUUGGCGCUGCUUCCAUAAACCUGAAAUCAUUUCGGGCUGGAAGAGGUAAACGCCAGGCACUAUUAAUAUUGCCCGUGCAGGCGCUGCUGCUUUUUACGGUACGGACCGAAGUCCCUUGGUGUUUCCCCUUGAGUUCUGAUGAACGCCAGGACUCAGCCAGGCCUUGGCACCAUGGAGCUCUUGGAUCUAAGGAAGAAGAAGAUCAGUGCGACGACCAAGAGUCACGGCGCCAAGUUGGAGGUUGAUGGCGAGGGUGAGGGCGGCGGGUCGAAGGCGCUGUUCUUGGAGAAGGUCCGCCAGAGCAACGCGGCAUGUCAGUCUGGGGACUUCGAGACCGCGGUGGCUCUCUACACUGAGGCCAUCGCUCUCGACCCUCACAAUCACAUCCUCUACUCCAACCGCUCCGCCGCCCACAUCAAACUCGCCAAGUUCGCCCACGCCCUCCAGGAUGCCACCAAAGCAAGAGAACUCAACCCAAAAUGGCACAAGGUAGGUAACAGUCACGCCUCAGGUUGA